UGAAUGUUGGUUGCCCUUGCUAAGUAUUUAUGUGCCUCCGGUUGAAAAUUUCCUGCGUUACUGCCUAUGUACAUUUGCUAAGGUAUAUUUAGGUCGAAAUAGUCAGUGAUUCCCACCAAUUCCCGUUGUGAACCAAAAACAAAAUCUCAUUUUGAAUAAAAGUGGAGCAGAAUCUUUAGUGAAGAAAUUAUAAGCCAUUGGUGGUAAUGGAGUAAAUUUGUACUUCAAAAUGAUGCAAACUUUUAUAUCACAACGAAUUUGCUUCGGUUGUUCAAUUUUCUUAUUCCUCCUGGGAUCAAUAUUUUUAUAUGUACAUAUCUCCCGUUCUCAAAAUAUCCCGAACUUUUUGCGUAAACUCCCAUUUAAUGUGACGGAUUUGGGAAAUUUUGUUGUUUCACAACAACAAGAAUGCCCAAAAGAAAAUCCUCAUGCUAUUGGGCGUUUAAAAAUCGAGACUAAUGUGCCUACUUGGGAUUCCUUAAUGGAGAAAUACACAUCAUCACCCUCUCAACGUAAAAUUAUCCUUUCAAAAGGUGGCACCUAUUCACAACCCAGUUUAAACCCUGUGGUGAUCCACAAUGGAUCUAUUAGUUCCCACAAUUACACCGAUUCAUUGGAGAAAUACGUCGGAUUGUGGCGUCCAAAUGUAUGUGAUCCAACUGAAAAGCUGGCUGUUAUUGUUCCGUACCGAAAUCGUGAUAUUCAUUUGCGUAUGUUUUUAGGACAUAUGCAUGCUUUUCUGCGUAACCAACUGCUUAUGUAUACCAUUUUCGUUAUAAAUCAAGACGGUGAAACUCAUUUCAAUCGUGCCCUCCUUCUGAAUGUUGGGUUUAUCGAGUCGAAACGGGUUACAAAUUUUGACUGCUUCAUAUUUCAUGAUGUGGAUUUAUUGCCUGAAGACGAUCGAAAUUCAUAUCGUUGUGCCAACCAACCGAGACACCUAUCUGUUGCUGUAGACAAGUUUAACUACCGUCUUCCUUAUCUUACGAUUUUUGGCGGAGCUGUGGCGUUCACCAAGAAACAGUUUGAAAAGGUUGGGGGAUUUUCAAAUAUGUAUUUUGGAUGGGGUGGAGAAGAUGACGAUUUAUACGCUAGAGUAGUCUAUCAUAAUUACAGCGUUAUGCGUUACCCUGAAGAAAUCGCUCGUUACAGAAUGAUUAGUCAUAAGAAAGACCCAAAUAAUCCGGUCAAUCCUAAACGGUAUGUCUUUCCCAAUCCUCAGACUUAAGAAUUCGUUUUUGUAAUAUACACUUGCUCAUUGUUGUUUUUCAUCUAAGAUAUUUAAAUUAAUUUAUUAAGUAUCGCACAGUAUUGAUAGUAAUAUUAGUCCCAAAUGAGUAUUCAGAAGUAAUUGAAUUUAUCACCGAAUACUUACCAUAUUCAUGUAUAAACCAGUUUAUUUUAUUGCUUCGUGUGCUCGUUCAUACAUAAAUGGCAGUGUUUGUAGAUCGACCAACUAAGUGUUUCAGACUAUUGAUAGAUUAUAGCUGACAACGACGACUAUAUUUAGUAACUGCUCCCCAGCUAUGUGACCUGCUAAGUGGCCCCACAAGUCAUUUCGAAAAGACCAUUUAUCUUCCCAAUAUCAGGUCCAUUUUCAGUUGAAUUAAUACCUGAAUCACUAUUAUUACAAAACUCUCUGUAUAUUGGCAAUAUCCUGCUCGAAAGUCUGAUAUCAUCUGAUUAUUCGUCACAGAAAAUUAUAAACUACACAUAAUAUACUUCGUAUUUUAAAUGCUAACAUUUGGUGCUAACUAAAUAGUGCGUUGGUUAGUGUUUCUGCGAUGAAAGUUCGAUAAAAGUAGUUAAAUACGGCCAACCUGAAUGACAAAGGUUUUUCGGCACACUAACCUCUGUAUAAUUAGUGACUACAACCCAUCGCUUUUGUAUUUUCCGCAGUUAAUUUUGUGGAUUCUCAUUGGCUAUUCAUCGAUUCCUUUGAUUGUAGCUGGUGAUCGUUUAUUCUGGUUUAUUACGUAGGGCAUUUUAAAUAGAAUGAAAUCGGUAACUUGUAAAGAGUCUUAUUUUGGUAACCGGUUCCUGCUAUUCAUUAUAUCAUUGUGGAGUAACGCUAAACUUUACUGUUUUAAAAUGUACUGAAAAAUUGAAAAAAAUCUAAUAUUCAUAAGCGGGACUAUUCACUGUGUAAUAUUGUAGGGGUUCAACAUAGAAUAUCCGUUGUGAAUUUCAAAAUUACAUUUUUACCUCUCAUUCUAUUCGUGUGAAUAUAUCCUUUUUCUGAUGGAAUACUCAAAUUUCAAGGGUCUUAUUCGAUUAUCUGAAUCCUUAUGCUAAUGUAGAAAAAUAAUUUCGUGAAAUGUCUAACAUUUUUGUGCAAAUAAGUAGUUUUCAUUUAUGUGAUUUACACUCGGUGAUAUUCUUUGGUUUUACGGUUUUGUUAUUAUUAUCGACUUACUGAUAAGCUGGGUAGAUAUAAUCACAUAUGCUUUCAAAUUUGUAAACGUGCUUGUAAUCUCAGGCAUCACUGGACUCAUCAACUAGUGGAAUGAAAUGGAUGGCUUUUGUGCACGUUAUAUUUGAUCGAAUUAAAGAACAAUUAUGUCAACAGGACUUUUUUGAAACUCAGUCGCUGCAUAUAAUAGGAUCACCACACAAGGCUCCAGUGGACGGAUUCUAUAAAAACAGUAUGUUUUCUGGCAAAAUGAAAUGUUAUCAAAUAUAAAAAUUCGUCAUGAAAACUGUACUUCCGUUCUCCAUUUAGAGAUCACCUUUCAUUUUUAUACUGUGGCUAAGCGGGUAGCCUAGUGAGUAAUGAUACGCAGGUGUUUUAGUUAUUAACUACAAUUCCCAACGACAUAUUUUAAAUUAACGAAAAACAUUGUGAACAGAAAAGUGAACUUUGUAUCUCUUCACGUUAUCUCACUUAUGCUACCGCUACGUCUUUAAAGUAACGAACUUCUGAAGGAUGCAUCAAGUCGCUUUAAAACAGAUGGUUACUGGAAUGCGAAUUAUACGCUACUGGAGUCUUACCCUGCUUACAAUGGCCUGUUUUACUGGGUGUCGAUCACUCCAUAAAUGGGUGAGAAGAUUCAGCACAUUCCGAUUAUUUGUGCUGUCACAGAAUACUCCGUAUACGAAGAUCACAUCGUUCACCGAAUUCCCCAUGAUUUUUUUACUCAAUUACUUUUCCUACUUCUACUUUCAUUUUGUCCAGUUUCCAUAAUGAUUUCCAACUAUUAUUUUAGAUUUUGUAUAUUUUACACAAAAUGCUGUUCCAUUUUUCUCAGCGUCUAAUUUCUGGAUUCAUAAUUUUUUAAAGCAAAUUAGACAAUCUGUAAAUGCUGUUUAGUUAAAAAAAUAUGUUGUAAUUGUUUACGUUUAUAUUUUACCGUUAGUUCCAUUGAUAAAAAGGUAGUUACUGUUCAAUUUUAAAGAUCUUCAUUGUAUGCCAUAGCAACAGGAGCAUUGCGAAAAGAUCUGUUUCCAUGAUCAUCAGAUAAGACUAAAUGCUCCAUGGAUUUGUUUCUGUUACUUGUGUAGUUGUAGGAUUUUUCUUUGAUAGAUUAACAUUAUCAGCAUAAGCAGCCAAAACUUGUAAUUGGCAAUUCGAUCGGAAACAUUGAAAAAUCGAUUGGUCAAAUAUAAGUCGAUUGAUUGUAAUAUCGCCGAGCAUUAACUUGUUAAUUUAUUGCAAACAAUUAGUAUUCAGUAUUUCCUAUGUUAAAAAAUAUCAACGUUGGAUUGUGGAAGAAAUUUGAACAAGAUUGAUGGUGUUUAAUAUUAGUUCGACGUUUAAAAUACGUUAUCUUGCAGUUGGGAUGUGAAUUUACCCAAAACCUUUGCUUUUUUUACACAGGUCCAAAUUAAAGACUCUUAUAAAUAUUCACUCAGCUCCAUAAUUUAUUAUUCUUGACCAAAUUAACUCAAAUUCAACUCUAUCUAAUAUGCUUAACAUAAAAUAUAACAAUGUUUAUCAGGCUUUCUUUUGUGCGAAUAGCGUAUUUUUAUCACAGGUAAAUGGGUUAAAUGAUUUUAGCAAUUACUAGCACAACCACCAAAUUUUCUAUGGUGGUCUAGCUUUAAUCGACUCAUGAAUUCACUUAAUAAAUACAUUACUUCAUCAAAUGAAUUGUAUUAAAUUCUGUUUUCUUUUUAGAAUGAGUAUUUGCUCUAAAUUGUAAAUGUCGUUUGUGUCUAUUUUCUAGUAACAUUUAAAGAACAUUAAUUUUUGUGUUUUCACUUUUUUAUUUUUUCUAAAACAUCUUAGUUUAAACUUUUGAUGUGCUUACAUUUUUAUACUGAUUAAUGGUUGACUGAAUUAUCAGAAAUAAAACAGAAAAAAAAAACUAUAUGUAAUAUCAAAAAUAGAUAGUAGUUGAUUGUUAGUCAA